ACUUUUUACUCACUUCUCUGUGUGCAUAACAAAUUGUGUGCUUCCAAUUGCCUUACGACGUGCAUUUUAUAAAACAAAUAUUUUAAAUAAUUGUGUGUGAAAACUUUUGAAGUAAGCAACAAAUAAGCCUCAGACGCUUAUUUGUUUUCUUCAAACCACAAAUUUGUUCAAAAUGUCCGCGGGUUGUUCGCACUCACGCCAACGCCAGUUUUUGCGUUACGGCGGCAGUAUUCAGGAACUGCACGAACAGUUGCAUCAAGAAAUUGAGAACAAAGUCAAGCGCUGCUCUAAUACCUCUUAUGAGUGCACGCUACCGCGUGUAGAUGGUUAUGAGUAUUGCAUGCGCCACAUCUUACGUGAUCCAAGUGGAAAUUUCCGUCAAUGUAGCUUUAUAUACACAAACGGGCGUAAGUGUCAAAAUGCACUGCUAAAACAUGAUAUUAAGAAAGAUCCUGCUUUGACAACGCUUUGCUUUGAGCAUAAUCGUCAAGAACAGUUGCGAAAAACACAUGCCACAGUGGGCAAGUUGAAGCGCACCGAUACCAAUGAGGUAUUAUUGAACAAUUUGACACAUCAUAUUAAUGUGGAAGACGUGCAAGCGGAAGAAGAACCAGUUGCCGAACAGGAUGAAGAAAUAGAUGUAGUAUCGCCACAUGUAGCACCUUAUGUGGCACACGAUCAGGUAAAUGGCCUUAGUACGGUGCUGUGUAACCUUCAAAAAAGACGGCGCUUGUUGGAUUAUGCCUCUGAUAGCUCUAGUGGCGAUAAUGAACCUGCCAGCCUUAACAACACUGCACGUGGCCGUGAAUUUCAUGAGUCCGACGAUGACAGUGAUUGUUCGCAAAAUGAAGAUUUGUUGAAACAUGCCGGCAUAUAUACACGUGAAGAGACGCUCCGUAUUGCCGAAUCGAAACUAACAAAACUGCAAGGCCUGUACAUUGAUCAAAUUCACAGCUUACAUCAUACACUUAAGGAACGCCGGCGUCGCUAUUUACAAGCAUUACGUAAAGAACGUGAAAUUCUUUGCAGCAUACAUGAUCAAUUGAAAGAUACGCCACGGGAACGUAAAUUGUAUGAUCAGCUUAAGGCACUAAAUACUUAUCAUCGUCGUUACGGUGUUGAGGCUGUGCUUUAUAAAAAAUUUAAGGAAAAACGUUCACGCGCUACAGAAGGUUACAGCCAUAAAGGUCCGGGCUUCACGAAGUGUGCCUACACAGAAGGCGGCGUUAAGUGCGGUGAAAGGGCCUUGCCUUGCUGUAAAUUCUGCCGCAAACAUAUUUUGGAAGACAAAAAGCAGAUACUUUUCCAUGCCUGUGAGGUGGAGAAGAGCGGUGUUGUAUGUCAGGAACCAAUACCAUGCAUCUUUGACGAUGCAUCGACUUGUGUCUUGCAUUUGACCAUGCCGCCACGUCGUCAGUAUAUGCAGAAGAAAGACGAUUCUGAAACCGAGGAGGAUGAUAUUAAGGACGAAAAUUUAGAGUGCGAACCACAAGAGUGUACAAAAUCGUACAAACAAGUAAAUUUAAAGCGUGAGAGUGUAAAUCCAGCAAAGCCUAUUGCCAAUGCUGCACUUUCGCAUGGCAGCAAGAACAUUGCAUCAAAGUUGAAGUCGGGUGAAUAAGCAGCUACUUGCAAGCCGACCACAACAGCAAUAGCCAGUGAAUAGAAUAGAAGAGUGUGCUAUAUGUAUUUUUUUACAUAAGCGUAAACAUCAAUAUUUUUUUUGCUAGU